GUUCCAGUCGCGACUGUGGUUAUAUUGUUACCGGUAUCAUGCCUCUCUCUCUCUAACACACAGACACCUUUGUCCUCAGUCAAAUCUUACGACAUUUUUCUAGUUUUUUUUUCUUUUUUCUGUUAAAUAUCAAACUACCAUAUACGUUUUCAGUAGGACAUAGAAUUUCAGGCAAAGCAUGAACUUGAAAAUGAAGUUUUGAUGGUAUUGAAGACUUAAAAGAGGCACUGGUUUAUAGGCAUGGAAAUUACUGCUUUGGAUUCAGUUGGCCUUCCAGGAUUUCCUCCUGAACUAGCCAUAUUGCCAAAGAUAAAUGUUGAGAAUAAUAAUGACGAAUCAAUGAAAGAACUUCGACUUACUCCAGAUUCUUCUAAUCAGUGCACUGAAAGAGGAUUAAAUGAUGAUUCUGGUGCAGGUGCAAAUGCAGCUUCAAGGUCAGACAUGAUGUUUGUGACUGCAAACCCUCUCUCGGAACUAGUCUGGUCCCCACAUAGAGGUUUGAGUCUUAAAUGUGCUGAGUGCAGCUUUGCUGAGAGGAAGCCCUCUAUUUUGUGGGGAGGAGGAAGUAAUAUGGUACUUUCACUACCCCAAAGCAUUAAAUCAAAGGAAAUUAAUAAUGAUGGACAUGAGGCUGGAGGUACUUCAACCUCAUUAGGAAUGGCUUCCCAUUUUGUAUGCAGCACUGACAGGGUUAGGUCUCCUAGAAGCACCAUGGACAUAACAUCAGUCAGUGGGAAAGCAAGCGAUGAGCACACUAUGGGAUCUGGUGGAGACAUGGAAGUGUUGAACACAACAAAGGAAACAUCUGUCCUUGAUACUAGUCAGAAGUUGCUUGAUCAUUCAGACCACAAAGAGAAGGACAAAAGCUUUGCAGCCUAUAUUCCAACUGAGACAUCAAAAACUGAGGCAAAUACUAUUUCAAGUUUACCCAAUAAUACUUGCAUCCCAGGUCCAGAAAAUGGUGAAACUGCUCAUUUUUUAUCUAAACAAGAUGAACAAAAACAUGAUUCAAGUCAAGCAGAAUCAAGAUCCAGAUAUGUCCACAAGGAAACAAGCUCUGACCCUUUUGUUACAACUAGAGUUGGCAAUGGGAAUAAUGAUACAGAAGACAUUGAAGUUGCAUCAGCCUCUGAAGGUUUUCCAGUAAGACAAUGUAAAUCUCUCAAUUCCGCAGCACCAAUUUUGACAGCUCCAAGUAGAAAACGUGGAAGACUAGCUUCAGAUAAUGAUGAAGAAGGAAAAAAUAAAAUGAAGCUUACUGAUUUCAGUCUGGAGAAAUGUGAGCUGACUGAUGAAAAUGCUUUAGAACCUCUGAAGGGUGAAAGUACAUGUGCAGAGGUUGAUGUAAUUUUAACACCAAAACCUUCUGAUGAAAUUAAACAUGUAAAACAGCAGAAUAAGAGGAAACUUCUAAAGGAGCAAGGUGCUUCAAGUGAAACUUCUCCAAAUAACAGGGAACUCUGCCUUCAUCAAAGAGAAGAUAAAGAUAAGUUUUUGUAUGGUGAAGAAAUUAAAAUACCAAAAGAGGAGGAUGACAGCCAUGAGAGUGUUGAAAGCUGUAACAGUGCAGGUUUGUCUUCAGCAGGAAAGCGACCAUGGAGCUUUGAACAGAAAUUAGUUGUUGGGGAUAAAAGGCUGAAGAAACAGAUCCAUGAAAAUCCUGGUUCUUCAUCUUUAAUGAAACAGCAUAGCUCCUUUAUGACUUGGAUCUCAAAUAUGAUGAAGGGAUUAUCUCAGACUGAUCCAGAUGUCCCAUCUUCGUUGGCCCUUACUGUAAGGCCUCAUCAUGGACAUGGGUGUUUUGAUCAACAUUCUAUGUCACACGACAACCAAAAUCCUGGAUAUGGAAGUAUGGGCUUCCAAACUAUGUUCCGGGCCUUGUGUUCCCCAAACAAAAUGGUACAGGAAACAAGAACAUUGAAUCUUGUUCAUCAAUCAGGAGAAAUCCCUAAAGAACCUGAGCUAGUUGAUGAAGUACGUGACAACAAUUUUACUCUUCCGGCCUGUGGUGAAGAUGAUAAAUUACAUAAACAAAGUAUUGUGCCAAGUGAAAAUUUUAACUUGGAGAUGUCUCAGCACAGAGAAGGUAAUUCAAAUGUAGCAGAUAUUUCUUCUGCACAUACUGCUUUUCCUAUGGUUAACCACAAGAGUGAUGGUGCUGAGAAUAAUAAUUCAGGCAAAAUUGCAUCUGGCACUGUCAAGUGUAGAGUGAGCUCUUCAACUUCAUCAUUCCGUAAGGAUUCUGAAUCUCCAUAUGAAGGGAAAGAAACGUGUAAAUUUGGUUUCAUUGAUCCAAAUAAGUCUUCAACUUCUGUCCCCAACAGAAGCAGCUUCCUUGGGAGUUCAUGGAUAACUCGGUUUUCUCUGAAAGUUCCUAACUCUGAGUCAAGUUCACCUAUAUGCAAGGAGAAUGCAGAUAUACCUGCCGAGUAUUGCUCCGAGGGAACCGGGAUUCUUCCUCAUCCUCAGAACUGUAUAGUAACCAAAGACCAAAACUAUUUAGAGGAUGCCAUGGAGAACUCUGUUGAACACCAAAUGGACAUUGCAAGUAGAAAGUUUAAUAGAUCUGCAGUCAAUAGUUCUGCCUCCUUGGCCUUAAAAGAAACUGAAGGACAAUUUGAUCAGAAGUUCAAAUCUAAAUUGAAAGUUAUUCUUCCAUCACAAAGAUUCAAAAGUUCAGAGGACAUGGCUUCAGUUUUUGCAAGGAGAUUGGAUGCUCUCAGACACAUCAUAACAUCAGAAAUAGCAGACAGUGCAACAUGUGUAAUCAGAACAUGCCUAUUUUGUGGCAUAAGAGGUCAUAACUUACAAGAUUGCUCAGAGAUUAUUGAAUCUGAGAUUGAAGAUCUCAUAAGAAAUAUCAAUUCAUAUGGAGGUUGUGAAGAGUCUCCAUGCUUGUGCAUCCGCUGCUUCCAGCUCAACCAUUGGGCUGUUGCAUGCCCCAAUGUCUCUUUGAAAAGAGAAAGUCAUUUGGAUGGUGAUGCAUCUUUGGUUAACUUAAGUAGUGAUAAAAAUCACCAGAAUCCAGAAAAUAAUACCAUUACCCAUUGGAUUGAAAGAUACCUAAGGCUAUCAGAAAAUAAGGAUAGAAAGUGCCAGGACAGCACUAAACUCACAACCCAUGACAGCCAAAGUUCAAGAAUGGAUGACAAAGCUUUGGCUUGUAAGAAUGCCAAGAAAUUUUCUAGUGGAAAGGCGAUUGUCAAUGAUUUCCUUUUGGAUUCAAAGCCAGGUAAGGAUAUUCUAGCAAACAACACCUGUGAAGGAACAAAAAAACACAGAGUUUCUGUGGAAUAUGUACUGAAUGGAAAGAAGAUUGCUUCAAAUUUUAUGGAGAAUGAAUCAAAAGACAAUCUAAUUAGCUCCUUCAGCAACCAUAUUACCAGGCAGAUUCCAGAUGUACCUAGAGGGACCUUUGAAGCAAUAAGGAAACUCCGUCUAUCUCGUGCAGAUAUCCUGAAAUGGAUGAAAUCCCCAAUUUCAGCUUUUAGUCUUGAGGGAUUUUUUGUACGCUUGCGUCUUGGGAAGUGGGAAGAAGGACUAGGAGGAACAGGUUACUAUGUGGCUUACAUUAAUGGCAUGUCAAGAGACAGAUCAGUUGAAGGUUCUGAGAUUCCCCUUUCUGUGGACAUUGGAGGCUUCAAAAGCAUAGUUGAGAGUCGCUAUCUAUCUAACCAUGACUUCAUUGAGGAUGAGCUCAUGGCAUGGUGGUGUACAAUCUCAAGAAGUACUAGAAAGCUACCAUCUGAAGAGGACCUAAAAAUGAAGCUUGAAGAGCGGAAGAAGUUUGGGUUUUAGGCACGAAGGCUUUUAUAUAGCUUCCUCUUUCUUUGUUGUCUCUGUAUGUCAUGGUUACUUCAAGUCCAGCCUAAACAAGGCACAAAUUGGCAAACCUCAUGAGCUUCAAUUCCAGCUUACGCAUCACAAUUGGUAAAUCUCAUGAGCUUUGUACAUGAAAUUUUUGAAACAUCCUAGACACUUGCCAUCUCCAGAUUGGCGAUUGUGAUGUGUGAUACUUAAGUCCAUAAAGAUUUGGUUGGAAGUAGUAAGAAAUGAUUUAAGCACCCAUAAUUUGACAAUAGAUAUGCCACUGAACAGAAAGGAAUGGCGAAACAGGAUUUAUGUAGCCAACCCAUAUGGUUGGGACAAGGCUUAGAUGAUGAUGGUCAUGGUGAUGAUUGAUGAUGAAGGGAUCCUUCUACAUUCCUUUAUAAAUCCCAUAGUGAUACUUGAGGAUUAAUUUGUU